AUGUCUACCCUGGAGGAUCUCGACGACCUUGAGCGUGAAGAGAGAAAGAAGCCGGACCAGGGCGAUGGCGACGGCAAGAAGCCCGACGGCGAUGGCGACGCCGAAAUGAAAGAUGCGGAAAAGAAAGAGGAGGAGGAACAGCUUCUAGAUGAGGAGAUUCUCAACUCGAGCACAGCGGACAUCGUCAAGCGACGACGGAUGCUGGAGAACGAACUCCGCAUAAUGAAGAGCGAAUUCCAACGGUUGACGCACGAACAGAGCACGAUGAGAGAGAAGGUGAAGGACAACCAGGAGAAGAUCGAGAACAACAGGCAACUACCAUAUCUCGUCGGAAACGUUGUCGAACUCCUGGAUCUGGAUGUUGAGGCUGAGGCCGCCGAAGAAGGAGCCAACAUCGACUUGGACGCUACCCGGGUCGGCAAGUCGGCCGUCAUCAAAACGUCUACCCGUCAGACUAUCUACCUCCCGCUCAUCGGUCUAGUAGACCACGAGAAGCUGAAGCCCGGUGAUCUGAUCGGUGUGAACAAGGACUCAUAUCUGGUCCUGGACACGCUACCGGCUGAGUACGACAACCGCGUGAAAGCCAUGGAGGUCGACGAGAAGCCGACGGAGAAGUACACGGACAUCGGAGGCUUGGACAAGCAGAUCGAGGAGAUCGUCGAGGCCAUCGUAUGGCCGAUGAAGGAGGCCGACCGGUUCAAGAAGAUCGGUAUCAAGGCACCGAAGGGCGCUCUGAUGUACGGACCUCCCGGAACGGGUAAAACCCUGCUCGCUCGAGCCUGCGCCGCCGAGACGAACGCCACCUUCCUCAAGCUCGCCGGUCCCCAGCUGGUGCAGAUGUUCAUCGGAGACGGCGCCAAGCUCGUCCGCGACUGCUUCGCGCUGGCCAAGGAAAAGGCGCCGUCGAUCAUCUUCAUCGACGAACUGGACGCCGUCGGCACCAAGCGUUUCGACUCGGAAAAGUCCGGUGACCGUGAAGUGCAACGCACCAUGCUGGAGCUCCUCAACCAGCUGGAUGGCUUCGCCUCCGACGACCGCAUCAAGGUGCUUGCCGCCACGAAUCGUGUCGACGUCCUCGAUCCCGCCCUGCUCCGGUCCGGUCGUCUGGACCGCAAGAUCGAGUUCCCCCUGCCCAACGAGGAGGCCCGCGCCAACAUCCUGCAGAUCCACUCGCGCAAGAUGGCCGUCGAGGACACGGUCAACUGGCCCGAGCUGGCCCGCAGCACGGACGAGUUCGGUGGCGCCCAGCUCAAGGCCGUGUGCGUCGAGGCCGGUAUGAUCGCGCUGCGGAAGGGUAUGUCCAAGGUGGGCCACGAGAACUACGUUGAUGCCAUUGCCGAAGUGCAGGCCAAGAAGAAGGACACAAACAUGGGAAUCUAUGUUUAA